AUGCUAUUAAACGCAUCGAGGCCGUAUCUUGAAAAGACGUCGGGUUCCAUCAUCGUCGUCAGUUCGUCAGCGGGGUUUGAGACUCGGUUUGACGCCGCCGGAAGCCCGUACACAACGUUUAAGCACGCCCAAGCCACACUGGCCAAGGAUUAUGCUCGCAAACUGGGCCCGUUGGGUAUCCGGAUCAACUCUGUGAUUCCUGGCCCGAUUGAAGCGCCGGGAAAGGUGCUCCCUGAUGGGUCACGAAGGCCAAGCCGCAUUCAGAUGCUCAGAGAGACCAACCCAGAGUUUGCCCAGGGCCUUUUGGAUGCUGUGCCCCUGCGUCGAUUCGGCACCGCAGAAGAGGUGGCGAAUGUCGUCGUGUUCCUGGCAAGCUCGCUCGCGGGUUAUGUUUUGUGGUGCGAAUGUCUUUGUGGAUGGAGCAAUGACAACAUUCUUGUAAAGCCGAGUUGUCGUUCCGAGACAAACCCUGCGCGGAUUGUACCGCAAAGUAACGUAAGAGCGUAG